AUGGAGAAAUCAUCACCAACACAGACUCAAGAUCCUCAGACCAGCGACGGGGAUGUUGAAUCCAAAAUCGCAGCUGUCGAAGUUGAAGAAUCAACAUUUACGCCUGCGGAAACUAAGCGUCUUCUUCGAAAAGUCGAUUGGGCGUUGCUGCCGUUCCUAUCAUUCCUUUACCUGUUGUCGUUUCUGGAUCGCGCCAACAUUGGAAACGCAAAACUGGCCGGUUUGGAAGCAGAUUUGGGCAUGAAGGGCAAAUAUGACUACAAUAUUGCCGUUUCCAUCUUCUACCCGCUGUACGUGGCAGCCGAGAUCCCAUCGAAUCUUGCAAUGAAGAGAUUCAGACCGUCCAUAUGGAUCCCCAGCAUCAUGGUCGCCUGGGGAGUAAUAUGUGUCGCCAUGGGUCUUGUCAAGAAUUUCCCUGGCUUGCUUGCGGCACGAGCAGCACUGGGCUUGGCAGAGGGAGGAUUGUUUCCCGGCAUUGCGUAUUAUAUUAGUUUGUGGUAUCGAAGACACGAGUGCGGUCUCCGUGUGGCUAUAUUCUUCUCUGCUGCCACGGCUGCCGGUGCAUUUGGUGGUCUUUUGGCGCGUGGUAUCAUGGAGAUGAAAGGUCUUGGGGGCCUGAACGGGUGGUCGUGGAUCUUUAUCAUUGAGGGUAUCAUUACCGUUGUUGUUGCAAUCGCGGCCUACUUCAUCCUGCAUGAUUAUCCCACCACCGCCAAGUUCCUCGCACCCAGCGAAAAGGACGAACUUGUACGCCGCCUCAAGCAGGACCAGUCUGUGCUCUCAGACGAGUUUAAGAAGAAGUUCAUUAUCGAUGCCCUCAAAGACUGGAAAAUUUACGUCCAGAUGGUCAUCUUCUUUGCCAUCCUCACCCCUCUUUAUAGCGUGUCGAUUUUCCUGCCGACUAUCAUUAAAAGCUUGGGAUAUGCCAAUGAGAUUGCGCAGCUGAUGAGUGCGCCACCGUAUAUGGCGGCCUGUUUAUGUACCUUGUUCGCGGGGUAUUAUUCCGAUAAAAAGGGGCAUAGAGGCAUCUAUAUUCUUUUCUUUUGUGCCAUUGGGGCUCUUGGAUUCGCAAUACUGGCCACGGUUCACAACAACGGUGCUAAAUACUUUGCUUGUUUCCUCGUAGCCAUCGGAACGUAUCCAAACAUCCCCCUGUCUGUGGCAUGGAACAGCAACAACAUUGGCGGCUCAUUGAAGCGUGGUGUGGGCAUUGCCAUGGUUGUCGGGUUUGGAAACUUGGGUGGUGCCGUGUCCGGCUUCAUGUUCCGCAACGACGAAGCGCCCCGGUAUUUCUCUGGCCACCUCACCCUUGUGGCCAUGAUGGUGCUCACCGGUGUUUGCUCCGGUCUUCUGACAUGGUAUCUGCGGAAGGAGAAUGCGCGCCGGGACGCGGCAUACAAGGCACCAGAGCUGUACACGGUCGAGGAGAAGCUGCUGGAGAGUGAGAAGGGAGACAAUGCUACAUUCUUUAGAUACACGGUUUAG